AUGCAAUUAGCCGAGUUUCGAGUUUCCAUUGCACCGUUCCGUUGUAUAAAGUUUCAAGAUGCAGGAGCAACAGUUGGACUAACUCCAGCAGAUGUUAUAGGAGAUGCAGAUAUAACAUUUUCUUGUGUUUCUGAUCCACAAGUUGCUAAAGAUAUGAUAUUUGGGAAUUGUGGUGUACUUCCCGAAAUAAAUAAAGCCAAAGGAUUUGUUGAAAUGACUGGUAUUGAUCCAGAAACAUCUCAAGAUAUUUGUGAGGCUAUAUUGAGUAGAGGCGGGCGUUAUUUAGAAGCCAUGAUUCAGGGAAGUAAAUCAGAUGCAGAUGAAGGGAAAUUAAUUUGUUUGACAGCUGGCGAUCAUACUUUAUACACUGAGUGUGAAUCAGUAUUUAAUGCAAUUGCCGAAAAAUCAAUAUAUCUAGGUGAUGUUGGUGCAGCUUCAAAAAUGAAUUUGAUUUUACAUUCUGUCAAAGCGGUAACUGUAGCAGGAUUAGCUGAAGGUAUGGCUCUGGCUGAUAGAGCUAGCAUACCGCAACAAUCUUUGCUAGACAUUCUAGCUCUGACUUCAUUAAGGUGUCCAUUGUUAGCAGAAAAAGGAAGAGCUAUGAUGAUGGGUGAUUUUCAAACUCAUCAAGCUUUAAAGCAUAUUCAAAAGGAUUUAAAUUUAGCGUUAAACUGGUCAGAUGUUUUACAACAACCUUGUCCAGUUACGGCUAGCGUAAAUGAAGUAUUUAAACAUGCAAAACGUUUAGGUUACAGUGAUCAUGACACAAGUGCUUUUUUUAAGGCCUGUUUAGCAGAUUGA